UGGACCGAAAUUGAUUAAUAAGUUGAUCGGCAAGCAAUUUAAUAUGUAACACGAGUUAUUGUUUAUUGUCUAAGGAAUAUAAUUAGUGCGUUUUGUUUUUGCGUCUAAAUUAGGUGAAACGUUGCUUAGAAGCAGAAUUAAAACUAAAUUAAGCCUAAGUAAAACUAAAUUCAAAGUAAAAAAAAUAAAAAUGGCAAAGUAACUACCAAGGUUUUCGAGUUUAGUAACUAUGUGACUAAACAUGAUAUUUGUUGGAAAAAAUAUGUUCUAUGACUGUAAAGGAAAUAGAUAAGUGAUCGAUGAAUCAAGGUUUCAGUUAUAAGUGCGCGUACGCAAUGGGUGAUCGGAAGUGUGUGUUUUAUGUGUUUGUGUUUUUGUGUGAAGUGAAGUUAUUGUGCGUUGUGUGUGUUGCCCAGCAAAUGGGCUACCCGUUUGAGCAGUCUCCAGGUUUUAUGAGACCCCCUCCACCUGGGUACGAAAUGCAUCCCCGUCCACCCAUGUGGUACGACCAUGACAGAGGCCCGGAUCCACCCGACUUGUAUCCGGUCCAUCAUGCGGGGGCACCCCGAGACCUGGUGGUGCACCCUCUGCCCCUUGAGGACUCCGACCACGAGCUGAAGCUCAAUGUGUCUUGGAGCCCGUCUGAUGGUCAAUCUGCCCGCGAUUAUUCUAUAGAAGUGAGAAGUGUGACGGAGACCAUAGACUGCAAGAGUCCAAUGUGCUAUGAGUACAACAUUCCUGGUGACACGCAAUGGUGGAUCAUUCCGGCGUUCACGAACCACGUGGCGGAGACCUGUGCCGUCAGACCAGGCUGUUCCUACCUGGUGGUGUUGACAGCACACCCCUGGGACGGCCACACGGUCGUGGAUAAAAUAGUCCAAUUAGAUGAAUGCGUGGCAGGCGUAUGCUCUUGCGCACACUCCCCUCGUCUGCCAGCGCCAUCUGUGUCCGCGUUUGUGGUCUCCAUUAAAGGGGAACUCUUCGCUAACAUCAGCUGGACCCUGCCCCCUCCACGGUAUCCUCAACGGCUGCCGAGGGGGCUGGCCAAACAAGGGUAUUUUGUCAGCAUUGGUAAGCAAAUGGUGACCGACGCGCAUCCAUCCCCCUGGUUCGCUAACACUGUGUCUAGAAGAAUCGACGCUGAUGGUCCUAUCGCGACGGGAGACAGCCUGAGGUGGCACCUUCUUCCUGUAAACGAACCCGUGGGAAGAGACGGGCCGAAGGAUACCAGAAUCAAGCUGGAUGUUAAGCUCCUGGCGAGGGUAAACCUUGUCGAUGAAAGAGGAUGCGUGGGGCCUGCUGGUAAUUCUACAGCUUACGAUCCUGAUGAAGAUGAAAGAGUGUCAUAUGAAACUUAUUUAUUAUGGGCGAUAUUCGGAGGCGUCUGCGUGCUAGCCAUGAUCGCGCUACUAGCAGUGAGUGCUAGGGCCGUGAAACGGAUCUUACAUGCCUUCCGACCCGCACCCGUGUCGGAUCCGAUGCCGCACCGACAGCGGGCCUGGUUCCCGUUGCAUCUGCGGUCAGACGCUGAGGUAGCUACAAGAGGGCAGUUUGAAGAGAGUCCACUGUACGUCCAUAAAGAAAUUGAGAGUGACGAAGAAGGUGGUGACCAAUGGGAAGUGCGCAGGAGUAGGGUUCAUUUGGGAGUUUUGAUCGGGAGUGGUGCUUUUGGCAGGGUCCAUAUUGCUCAGCUGGACACGCCUAGCGGGGAAACUGUCACGGUGGCUGCCAAAAUGCUGUCAGAAACCGCAGCCGACGAGGAGCUCCAGGACUUCCUUCGGGAGAUCACGAUGUUGAAGCACGUGGGCUCCCACAAGCACGUGAUCCGUCUGAUCGGCUGCUGCACCAGGAAGACUCCUCUCAUAGCGCUUCUAGAACACGCUCCCAGGGGAGAUCUGCUGUCUCUGCUGAGAGCGGCCAGGGGGAAACGUAGAGUGGAUCAGGGGUCUGGUGUGACGAGGCGGUUGGACAGCGACGCAACCACGCCUAGGGCUUCGGAAGCUGAUACCGAAUACACGAACAUAAGCGACUCCGACCCAGCCCUCAGUGAAGACAAGCCUUGUUUCUGCGAUCCUCCGAGACCCGGCCACCACUACGUGGCUGAACCAGCUCUCCACCUGGACGGGAGUACAAUGAGAGAUUACGCCCUACAAGUCGCUUUAGGGAUGAGACAUUUGGAGGAAAGAGGCAUAACGCACAGAGACCUCGCCGCUCGUAAUAUUCUGGUGGACGGAGCUGGUGUGCUCAAAGUUGCGGACUUCGGACUCUCCCGUACCGGCGUUUACGUUCACACGCGGGCCAACCCUGUGCCUUUACGAUGGCUCGCCCCUGAAGCAAUACUGCACUCGCAGUAUUGCACCGCAAGUGAUGUGUGGGCUUUUGCAGUUCUACUAUGGGAGAUUGCUACGUUAGGUGGAUUCCCCUACGCUGAACUGAGCAACCACCAAGUGCCAGCAUUCCUGGCUGGCGGCAGCCGGCUCCCAAAGCCAGCACGCGCCUCUCCGCGCCUCUACCAACUCAUGGUCGAAUGUUGGUCCAACGACCCCAACGAUCGGCCAACAUUUGCACAAAUAGUGGACAAACUCACGGCCCAAAGACAACUUUAUGUGGACUUAGAAUGUGUGCUCCCGCCCUCAGAAGAAGACGUGGCUUUAGAAUAUAAUUUCACAUCGUCAUAGGUGUUUUUAAGACUGAAUAAUUUAUUUAUCUAAUAGAUUUUGCACAAUAAAUGGUAUCAACAAUU